AUGGGGCAGUCUCUUUCAGCGCCACAAAAGAAGUUUUUUGAUGAACUUAAAUUUCUUCUGGCCAGUAACAACCUUGCUGUUUCGGAUGCCGAUCUUAAGGCACUUCUUCUAGCUUUGGACACUCAUUGCCCCUGGUUUCCUCAGGAUGGCACUUUGGAUUUAAAAGACUGGGAGAAAAUAGGACAUUUUUUCCAUAACCAUCCUCAAAUUAAUGUCAAGGUUCUGCUUGCAUGGUUUAAAGUUUAUAAAGCGAUGUCCUGCCUGACACCAGCUAAUAUCCUUUUGGCUUCUUCGCCUGCUGCUUUGCCUCUUCCCUCUCCAAUUUUAUGCCAACCGUUGCCUUCUUCGAAACCACCAGUUUAUGUACCUCCUAAACCACCGGAUCUCUCUCCUUCGGUUCCUACUGUCCUGCCACCGCCUCCCUCUGCCCCUCCUCCAGCUUUUUCACCAGGGGUGCCCAACGUUGCUACCACUCCUCUUCAAGAGUCUCUCCGUGCCGCUGCUCCAUUGCUGGCUUUUGAUUCUGCCACACCAAAUCUUUUUCCUGUAAUUGUUCCUGCCGCCGUGGGGGGAGGCCCAGCCCGCCACGAACAGUUUGAUUUAAGAUUCAUAAAGGAACUGUAUUCCUCUGUCAGGGACAAUGGCUUACAUUCUCCUUAUACCCUGGGACUUUUUGGCACUAUUUUUCAGCAAAAUCUAAUACCAGAGGAUGUAAAAUUAUUAGCCCGCACUGUUAUGCAGCCUCAUCAAAUGAUUUUGUUUAUACAAGCUUGGCAUUGGGCUUGCCAACGUCGCGUUGAUGGCAUUCGCAACAAUCUCAACAAUGCUGCGCAGGCAGCUCACCAAGCCGCGAUUGCCGCCGCUGGCGCUCCACCUCCAGCCCCUGUUAUGUUGACCCAUACUGAUGUUUUUGACGGCCUGACAGGUGGGGGCAAUUUUCUUACCAUCGCCCAGCAGCUAGCCCUUGAUCCCAUGUAUUGGGAAGCCACUACCGCUGCCGCUCAGGAGGCCCUGUCCGCUGUGCCUGAUGAAAAGACUGAGCGUGAUGGACGUUGGGGCAGCGUCCGGCAAGGCCCUGCAGAGCCUUAUGGACAAUUUGUCGAUCGCUUGUAUAACACCCUCAAGCGGCAAGUUCAGGACGUCGCAGCCCAAGAAGUGAUUGUCCGCCAGCUUGCGUUUGAUAAUGCAAAUGAGGACUGUAAGCAAGCACUGCGCCCUUUGAUGACAACGCCAAAUAUUGCCAUUGCAGAUAUGCUUAAGGCCUGCCAGUCAGUGGGCACUGAGACGCACAAAGCCCGUCUGUUAGCCGCAGCUCUAUCCUCUACAGUAUCCCAGAAUCCUGCCAAGGACAAAACUUGUUUUGGUUGCGGAAAAAUGGGACAUUUUCGUGCGCAGUGCAGAUCCAUCACGCAGCAAUGCCGCCCUAGCACAAAGUGCCCUAUUUGUAAGAAAGGCUUUCACUGGGCUAACCAGUGCCGUUUUGCCGUGCCUCGACAAAGUCAACAACAACAACAAAAACAGCAACAUCAACAAAACCAACUGACGGGAAACCGGCAGUCGGGCCCACCCCGGGCCCAGGCACGACAAUAGGGGAUUCAGCAUGUUCUCCGGUCAUUCCACCGCCGGCACUACCUCACCUUUCUCUAACCCAGGACUUAUGCCUGCCAGUCCCCUAUGUACCACAACAGGCUCAAGUGUCAACAGGGGCUGGUUUUUCUUCUUCAGCACAGUGCCUUGUCUUCCCACUGUCAGAGGUUUUGCAGCAAGGGGUCCAUCUUGUUCCAGAUGUGUUACAUGGAUUACAACACAAUGACCCUUAUGUGACUGUCUUUUCUGAUCGCCCUACGCAUUUGCCGUCUGGUUCUCCUAUUGCCAAGAUUGUGUGCGCUCCGGAGACGAUCCAGAACCAUGAUCCUCUUGUUGCCGCUACUUUUUCAGUCACAGAGGAGCGCCCAAAGAUCCAGAUGACCCUUGGAGGCCGCAUGAUUGAAGGGGUUUUGGACACGGGGGCGGAUUGUUCCGUGAUCGCCUCCAAGGAUUGGCCUCCUGCUUGGCCCACCGAACCAGCUUCUUCUGUUGUCGGCGUUGGAGGCUCUGCCUCGGCCCGCCGCAGCAGGAAUCCUAUUUUGAUUCAAGGCUCUCAAGGCUUUGAAAUGACUAUUUUGCCACUGAUCCUGGACAUUCCUGUCUCCCUUUGGGGGCGAGAUCUGCUUGCUGCAGCGGAUACCACCAUUUCUACAAAUUUAUGCUAAGGGCUGCCCCUGCCAUGCCCCGGACUGCGCUUUCUCUCUGCUGGACCACAGACACCCCCGUGUGGGUAGACCAAUGGCCCUUGCCUAAAGAAAAGCUUGCAGUGGCAGCCCAGUUAAUUUCAGAACAACUUGAACUGGGGCACAUUGAACCUUCCACCAGCCCGUGGAAUACGCCCAUCUUUGUCAUCAGAAAAAAGGCAUCUGGAAAAUUCCGUCUUCUCCAAGACCUUCGAAGGGUUAAUGAACAAAUGCAACCGAUGGGGACCUUGCAACCCGGCAUUCCUAAUCCCAACAUGCUACCACAAAACCAUCAGCUUGCUGUCAUCGAUCUCAAAGACUGCUUUUUCUCUAUCCCUCUGGCACCACAAGACAGACAGCGUUUUGCCUUUACCCUGCCUGUCCUGAACAACUCCCAACCUACCCAGCGCUUUCAAUGGGUGGUUCUCCCACAGGGAAUGCGAAAUUCUCCAACUUUGUGCCAGUAUUUUGUGGAUAAGGCACUUCAACCAUUCCGUGAGCGCCACCCUGUGGUCACCUGUUAUCAUUACAUGGAUGAUAUUUUACUUUCCUCAUCGCACAUUUCUGAUAUUCUUCUCGAGGAUUUGACCCAUGCUCUGAUGCAAGCAGGAUUGACAGUGGCUAAAGAAAAGAUCCAGCGGACCCUGCCUAUUACGUAUUUAGGACAUAAGUUGUCUGCUGCUGCUGCCAUUCCAGUUGCGCCUCAACUACAGUUCCCUGAUCAUCUUAAAUUGGUGGACUUGCAACAACUCCUUGGACAGUUAAAUUGGAUAAAGAGUUACUUGGACCUGCCCACCUCCACUCUGUCUCCACUAUUUUCUGCCCUUAAAGGCCACAAGGAUCCAGCAAGCAAGAUCACAGUUACCCCUGCUAUGGAAGAGGCUUUGACAACUGUGAACAACCAUCUCCGCAGAUGUAUGGUGGACAGGAUCCCUUCCCUUUCCAUGGCACAAUUAUCUCUUGCAGUGUUUGCCACCCCACUCCUUCCAACAGCUAUAUUGUACACCACAGGCCAGAAGCCUGGGACUGUGUCUAUUGUGGAGUGGCUUCACCUGCCUCAUACUCCUCCGCGUAAUGUGUAUGCUACACCCAACAGCGUCAUGGACCUUGUUGUCAGGGGCCGACAUCGGGCCCUUGCCCUCUCUGGAAUGGACUUACAGUCAGUGUACUUGCCCUUCUCCCAGGAAGAAUUCAUGCAUUUAAUGAUGACAGCCGUUCCUACUCAAAUAGCUUUUGCUGAUUUCUUAGGAAAAAUUAUUCACAAUCCCCCUAGAGACCCUCGUUUGUCUUUCCUUACAGGGCUACGUUAUGUCCUGCGAACUGCCUUGUCCCCUCUACCCUUACCCUCCGCUCUCACUGUAUUCACCGAUGGCACUAAGUCCAGGGGGGUGGUGGUGUGGGAUGAGGAGGGGAAAUGGAAAAGUUUAUAUACUACUGAGCAAUCCUCAGCACAACGUGCUGAAUUGGCAGCUGUAAUUUUAGCUUUCCAACAAUUUGCUGAUAUCCCUUUCAAUCUCAUUGUGGAUACGCAGUAUGUGUAUAAUCUGUUGAAUGUGUUACCAUUGUCGUAUAUUACUCCUGCCAUUGAUGAUAAUUUGUUUGCAUUAUUCUCCACUUUGCAGAGCUUGGUACAAGCUAGGACUUGUCAGUUUUAUGUAGCACACCUUAGAUCACAUACUGGUCACCCUGGCUAUUUGGCAGAAGGUAACGACCGGGCAGAUCAAGCUUUGAAGAAUGGCAUCUUUUCUUUAUUUUCUGACCCAUUCGAGAGUCAUUCAGUGUUUCAUCAAAAUGCUAAGGUGUUAGCUAAAUCCUUUUCAUUACCAAUUUCUCAAGCUAGGGACAUUGUGUCACAGUGCGCUGUGUGUUCCAAAUCACCCACAGUCAUUCCUUAUGAUGCAGUCAACCCUAGAGGCUUGCAUCCCCUGGCAAUUUGGCAAAUGGAUGUCACCUACACGCCAUCUUUGGCUCCAUUUUCUAAAGUACAUCUCACUGUGGACACUGCCUCUGGUUUUAUUUGGGCCACGCCCUUGAAAGGAGAGACUACUCGUCAUGUUAUUCAACAUUUAAUGCGUUGUUUUGCUGUUAUGGGAAAACCCCAUACUUUGAAAACUGACAAUGGCCCUGCAUAUAUUUCUCAGGCCUUUUCUGAUUUUUGUUCUUUGUGGGAUGUUAGGUUGACUCAUGGUAUUCCAUUCAAUUCUACAGGACAAGCAAUCGUCGAGCGCUCCCACUUGACUUUUAAGACUCUUCUCAACAAGCAAUUGGGAGGCCGCUCGGCUACUGUUUCUGAAAUACCUAAUAUUGUGCAUCAAGUAUUGUUUACCUUAAAUCAUUUGUUGUACCCUCACAAUAAGGAUUUUACGCCUGCUGAACUUCAUUUCAGGAAAGAAGAAGUACUGCAGCGCCCUCUAGUGUCUUACAGGUUGCUUCCAGAUCCACAGUGGAAGGGUCCAACUUCAUUGCUUUCCUGGGGUCGUGGAUUCGCUGCCAUUGACGUGGACGGAGAAACACGAUGGGUUCCAGCUCGGUGCGUUCGACCUUGGCGCUCUUCUGUUGCCUCGUCUUCGCCCAAGGAGACACCAACGCCUUGAAAUCAUAUUCUACGCUGUCUGCCAGUGAUGACCUCCCACCUGACUUCAACCCGCGUUGCAGUUGGAGACAUCGCCAUAUUGAUGCACCCUGGAUAAAGUCGCCUUCUACAGCUGUUCCGGUGUUUCCUGGCACGUCGAAAGGUCAUCUUCGUCCCUACCUCAUUGACCCCCCUUCCCCUGGGAAGUCACCAUGACUACCAAUUACCCUCCGUGGACACUGUGAAGCGCCGCUCUCGUCGUGCUGCUCUUUUGCAGAAGGCUCGUAAGCCUGAACUUUAUCAUCAGAUUUGGACCAACAAUACAUAUGUUAGGGACAUAAAUAAUUUUGCUUCUAUACUUAAUCUUUCCGAAUGUUGGGUGUGUAUGCAUAUUCCUCCUCAAUCAAAAAGAUCUGGCAUAUUAUUGCAUGGUAUUCCUGUAAAUGCUUCAUAUAAGAUUAGUAAUAAUAUGAAAGAUAAUCGUACUAGUUCACCCCCUGUGUUUUUGUCGCUUGUAGAAACAGCGUCUCAUUGUUUUCAUUUCAAUCGUAAUAGUAGUAAAUUUUUAGGUCAUUAUCCAUAUUGUAAUUGGACCUAUGAGUAUGUUAAUGGAUCUUCUUGUUUUCUUAAUGUUACCACUAUGAGUGGUAGGCCAAAAGUUUUAGUUAAUAAUGUCACGACCAACAUGACUUAUGAACAACAGGCUAUGUGUAGAGAUUUUUAUGUUUGGUUUGAUUGGAUGAAGAAAAGCAGCAAAUCUACAUGUUUGCUUCGAUCUGAUUUAUGGUUAUUUUGUGGUACUAGAGCCUACAAAGAAAUCCCCUUUGCCUUUUCUGGAACGUGCACCUUAGGAAUAGUCAUACCCCUGGUCUAUAAACUGGACAAGCUCCCAGUGGUUCGUUUGCGUAACAAAAGGGAAGUGCGAUCACCUAUCUCUCAAUAUACAGGGACAGCCGUCUCUAGAUCUCUCCUGCCCUCUUUAGGUGCAGGCAUGAAUUACCGUGAUUUGCACAAAUUGGCUAAUUGGACUGAAGCCUUGUUUAAUUCUACUAUCUUGGCCUUAAAAUUAAUUAACAAAGAAAUGUCAGAAAUGAGAGAUGUGACUCUUGAAAAUCGUUAUGCUUUAGAUGUAAUCCUUGCUUCCAAAGGUGGAGUUUGUGCUUUAAUUCAUUCCCAUUGUUGUAUGUAUAUAUCUGAUCAAUCGGCCAAUAUUUCUGCUACUAUUGAUUAUAUGGAACAAAUGAUAGCCCAUAAUCCUUUGAAUCCUCCCGAAGGUUUUGAUCCAUGGGAAUGGUUGUCUUCCUGGUUGCCUAAUAGAGUGUGGUUAAGGAAAAUUUUACUAAUUGUAAUUUUGCUUGUUGCAGGAUUUAUUGUGUUGUGUUGCUGCAUUCAAUGCCUACCCUCUUUGUUUGCUCAAUGUAGUACCUGGUGGUAUCGUCCAAGACCUACCACUGGAGUCACAAGAGGAAUUUACAUUGCAAGAUAUCAGCGUUUAGGAAAUGAAACAAAUGAUUCUGAUUAG